AUGGCUCGCUUUUACUACCAGACAAUGUUGGUUAUCGUCAUCGUGGCUCUGCAUGAAGGUUGUGGGGUGCCCCUGUCCAGCCUCAGUCUUCCCGCCUCUUUGGUUCAGCCCAAGACCCACACUCGGGUCAAACGCUGCUCCUGUGACAACUGGGAGGACAAGGAGUGCCUCUACUACUGCCAUCUGGACAUCAUCUGGAUCAACACGCCCAGUAAGCUCGUCCCAUACGGCCUGGGCAGCUCCGCCUCUCGCCAUCGCCGCUCGCCACAGCGCUGCCAGUGCUUUGACCGGGCUGACCACGCCUGCUCCAACUUCUGCCACAACAGCUCAGAGGAGAACGCGACCACGAAGCUGGAAUUUACCAAGUCAUCAGACAACAAGCUGCUGCAGUCUCUGAGAUCAGUGAUCAUGUCCAACUCAAAGAAGUUAUCGUCCAGAGAGCCACGCACUAAGUCCCGGCAGCAGCUCACGUCCACCAUACGAUAG